AACCCAUGGAUAUUUACGCAUAGCGUGCGUCAGAAUAAUUCUAGUGUAUACGCUCUUUAGAAGUUUAGGCUACAUUGUUGUUUAUGACGCUCGUUCUGUGGUCUGUCCCGUGGAUGAAUAAACUGGCAUCUGUGGAACUGCGGCAACCCCACAUUACCUUGUUGAAAUGGGCGUGAAAUCGGAGAGAAGGGGCAUAUGGAAAUCAUCUGUAGUCAGGUCCUUUUCGACGCAAUACUGUGCUUAAUGUUCCUGCAAUCUCGUUUUGCAGUUCAGUUAAAAGUAUGCGUGGACUUAUUUUUUCUGUUUCUGCGUUAAUGGAAUGUAAUUUGUUUCCAAACCGAAUGGAACGUGAACCACUCCGGGACCAACUUUUUAAGUUAGUUGCCCACCGCUACUUUUAAUAGUGAACUUGGUCGUCUUGUGCACUGAGUGACUAUUCUCCAUAGACACGGGUGGACGUUACAUUUUUUUUAUCCUUACCCCCUAUUUAUAAACAAACCCGCUCCCGGGGAUGGAUUCCACCUGCGGGAAAGUAGCGACAGCAUCUCUCAGCGGCGGAGCCGGCGGUGGAAGUGCCAAAGCACCCAAACAUUUGUGGCGGCAGCAAAACCAGGGGACGCUCUCUCCUCUCCACCACGCGCUCGUAGUGCGAAAGAAGCACCGCGUGAGACAAAGGGGCUUCUCAGAUACGGAGAAAUACCUCAGCUCAGUCAACAUGGACCGGACUUACGCGGUGGACACGGGCCACCGGCCCGGCUUGAAGAAAUCUCGCAUGUCGUGGCCGUCGUCGUUUCAAGGUCUUCGACGUUUCGAUGUGGACAAUGGCACCUCGUCGGGCCGCAGCCCCCUGGACCCCAUGGCCAGCCCGGGCUCCGGCCUCAUCCUCCAGGCCAACUUUGUGCACAGCCAGCGGAGAGAGUCCUUCCUCUACCGCUCUGACAGCGACUACGACCUCUCGCCCAAGUCCAUGUCCAGGAACUCCUCCAUCGCCAGUGACAUUCAUGGGGACGAUAUGAUUGUAACGCCGUUUGCACAGGUUCUGGCCAGUUUAAGAACCGUACGAAACAACUUUGGUGCCCUCACCAACAUACAGCAAGACAGAGCGUCAAAUAAGAGAUCACCCAUGUGUAACCCACCUCCUUUCACAAAGACCUCCUUUACAGAGGAGGCCUACCAGAAGCUGGCCACCGAGACCCUGGAGGAGCUGGACUGGUGUCUGGACCAGCUAGAGACCCUGCAGACCAGGCACUCGGUCAGCGAGAUGGCCUCCAACAAGUUCAAGAGGAUGCUGAACAGGGAGCUCAGUCACCUCUCAGAAAUGAGCCGUUCUGGUAACCAGGUGUCUGAGUUCAUCUCCAGUACCUUCCUGGACAAGCAGCAUGAGGUGGAGAUGCCCUGCCCUCAGAACCAGAAGGAGAAGGAGAAGAAGACCAAGCCCAUGUCCCAGAUCAGCGGGGUGAAGAAGCUGCAGCACUCGUCCAGCCUCACCCACUCCAGCAUCCCUCGCUUCGGCGUCAAGACCGAGACGGAGGACGAGCUGGCUAACGAAAUGGAAGAUGUGAAUAAAUGGGGCCUUAACGUGUAUAAAAUCACAGAGUUCUCCGGGAACCGGCCACUAACGGUCAUGAUGCACACGAUAUUCCAGGAGAGAGACUUGUUAAAAACAUUCAAAAUCCCACUUGACACCUUUAUAACGUACCUGAUGACCUUAGAAGACCAUUACCAUGGCGAUGUGGCCUACCAUAACAACAUCCACGCUGCUGACGUCACUCAGUCCACUCACGUGCUGCUCUCCACCCCCGCCCUCGAGGCUGUGUUCACAGACCUGGAGAUCCUAGCUGCCAUCUUUGCCAGUGCGAUUCACGACGUGGACCAUCCUGGUGUUUCCAACCAGUUCCUCAUCAACACCAACUCUGAGCUGGCGCUGAUGUACAAUGACUCGUCGGUGCUGGAGAACCACCACCUGGCCGUUGGCUUCAAGCUCCUGCAGGAGGAGAACUGUGACAUCUUUCAGAACCUGACCAAAAAACAACGACAAUCACUGCGCAAGAUGGUCAUCGACAUUGUCCUCGCAACAGACAUGUCCAAGCACAUGAACCUACUGGCCGACCUGAAGACCAUGGUGGAAACCAAGAAAGUGACGAGCUCCGGUGUCCUGCUCCUCGACAACUACUCGGACAGAAUACAGGUACUCCAGAACAUGGUGCACUGUGCGGACCUGAGCAACCCCACCAAGCCCCUGCAGCUGUACCGCCAGUGGACGGACCGCAUCAUGGAGGAGUUCUUCAGCCAGGGGGACCGGGAGAGGGAGCGGGGCAUGGAGAUCAGCCCCAUGUGUGACAAGCACAACGCCUCGGUGGAGAAGAGCCAGGUGGGCUUCAUCGACUACAUCGUCCACCCGCUGUGGGAGACGUGGGCCGACCUGGUGCACCCGGACGCCCAGGACAUCCUGGACACGCUGGAGGACAACCGCGAGUGGUACCAGAGCACCAUCCCCCAGAGCCCCUCCCCCGCCCCCGACGACCCUGACGACGGCAGCCGGCCCCCCGGGGGGGACAAGUUCCAGUUCGAGCUCACCCUGGAGGAGGACGGGGAGUCGGACACGGAGAAGGACAGUGGCAGCCAGCCGGAGGAGGAGGAGGAGGAGGAGGAGGAGGAGGAGGAAGACGAGGAAGACGAGGAGGAGAACAGCUGUAGCGACUCUAAAACACUCUGCACGCAGGACUCGGAAUCGACGGAGAUCCCCCUGGACGAACCGGUGGGGGAGGUGGGGGAGGAGGAGGAGGGGGACGGGGGGGAGGGGGAGGAAGGGGCGACGCCCACGCCCUGCUCGCCAACCGGCGUGGUGGUGGAGGAGGUAGCAGAUCAGGAGGAGAACGAGAAGGAGGAGGAAGAGGAGGAGAAGUCUGCACAUACAUAGCAGCGCAUGGAAAGCAGCUGAAUGAACCAUUUCUCUUAGUAAUGACAGAUGAUUAUUUAUAGGUUUUUUAAGGGGUGGGGGAGGGGUUAUUUUCCCUGUUUUUAUUUUGUUUUUUCCUUUAUUUUUAUUAUUAUAAUUUUUUUCUAAAUCUAUGUUUGCAUUUUUUCUAAAUGUGUGCUGCUCCCUCUCGGCCUGUUAGCCCAUCCUCAUCCCAAACUAAACUGCUCCCACUUACUUUGCCCCAUCGGUACUUUUUAAAACAAGUUAUUUUGCACUCAGGAAAUCUCCUUUCCUUUCCGCGUAUGUACUGUAGUAUGGCGCUGUGUGUGUGUGUGUGUGUGUGUGUGGGUGCGACUGUUUGUGUGUGUGCGGCCAUAUCAUUGUUACACCUCAAUGUACGAUGGGGACGAGCCAUUUAGUUUCCCACGCGGUGCUGUGCACGUGGCCCCAUGACACUCCUCUCCCGGUUAGCCUUGCCUGGACGUUAGCCGUGCUCUCAUGUUUUAUCAAGUGCCCCUCAUUGUUUCAUGGAUGUCUGCCGUCUGGCGCUCAAGGAGUGUCUGUGUCAUGGUGAUGCCAUUUCUUCCCCUCAGCGACAUUAGGAGACACCGUUUGGAGGCCAAAAGAAACAUCCGAUUGGGGACCAACCAGGAUGAAAAGCUGUAGUGCACUGGGGGGUAGCAAAGCAUGCUGGGAUUUGUUUUUUGGAGGGUAUGUUCUUGAUGAUGUGGAAGUCUUCCUUGAAAACCUGACUGAAAAAAAUAAGUGUCCGAGACCUCGUUCUUUGUCUUCAUACGGUACUGUAUGUCAAGCAGAGAUUUGUUUUCUAGCUUCCCCCCUCGCGUUCUCCUCGGUGAGCAACAACGAGAGGUCGAGGAGCGACGCCAGGCAGACGGAGACACUCAGACGCUACGCUAGAAAAGAACGACAUCCCAGAUUACAGUGAUUUUUCAAUGUUUUUCGGGGCUGAAUUGUAUCGGGAGUGCAUUAAGGAGCGUUGCACUGGCUCCUGACGAUAUUCAAUAGCAUUUAUAUUAAUAUUCCCAUCACCGUUCGCUGGCAUUGGCCUGUUUGAAUGAGUUCAAGCCGCCCUUCUGUUUUUUGUUCUUUUUAUACCUAAAGGGGGUUUUCACAGAUGACCAGUCUCCAACGUGUCGCGUCAUGCUAUUUUUUUUUUACGCAGAUUCGUUCUGAUGUUUAAAGCCUUUACGUUUCAUUCUCAUUGCCUGCAGUUCCUCUCCUAGACAUCCUGACACCAUGCAAUGCUUCGUAGUUGAUAUGAGAUGCACCUUGUGGCAAAAGGUUUGAGUAGUGCGUGCGGUGCACAAAGCAGAUAAUUGUGUUCAAAAGACUUUAAGGAAUUUUUUAUACAAACGCUAUGAAAGCUUUUGCGAUUAUUCAAUGAUUCGAAGAAGGUUUUGGCCCCCCUUUCUGUGAAUACUGUUCACCCUCUCUACUGAACCUGCCUCAAUUCUUUCCCUGAAACAGAGUCACACCACAGUUCCAGUUAUGCUAGAGAAAUCAAUACUGUCUUGGUUCAUAUUACGGUUAUCGUGGUCAUUACGGUUGAUUUUGCCAUUCAUACCAUAAGCAUUCGACAGCCGUCUUUGUUUUUGACAUCAAAUCAAGACAAUCAGCUUUGUUGCUUAGUAGAACGCUUAUCCUGGGACAUAGAUACUUUAAUGCACUGAUACUGUAUGUUACCACUUCGACACGUUUUGUUUACCUUGUUCAACGCGUAAACUUUUAGACUUUUCUCAACAACUCCAUGCCACCAGUCCUUUGCUUUUGUUUUCAUCUCUGUGAUGUUUUAACUUUCAUUUUGAUGUUAGGAUGGUACAGUACCUUCACAUCAUUCAUAGCUAUACAAAAAUAUUGUCGCUCUAUGUACAUACAGAGACAUCCAAUCAUGUAAAUCAUAUAAAAGUCUUUAUUUUUAAUAGUGCUUUAAGUGUCUUUACGAAAAAUAUUUAUUUAAUCUUUUGGUUUUUAAUUUGUUCAUUCAUUUUGUGCCAAUUCUUUUGCGUUCAGUUUUAUGUUUUUUUUUUUUUCAUGCUCACCCGAUGCUCUUACCUGUAAUACAAUGUUAUGGUUUUAUUGCUGUUUACAAACAUAUAUUUAUUGUGCUGUAAAUACUAUAUAGGUAUUAUUAUUGUUAUUAUUAUUAUCAUUAUUAUCAUCAUUGUCAUUUCCAUGAUGCUGUUUGUUGUAAAUGAUCAAUUCGUAUCAUCCCUUUUGGUGAUGGUGUGGCUGCAUUGUAACUCUUGUUGAGUGAAUGUUUAUUACACAUGUUUCUGCAGUGUAAAACACACACACACACACAUAUACCCCCCCACACACACACACAAACACACACACAGGAAAGAUCCAUCAAUGUGUUGCUUACCUGAGAGCUAGCUCAGUCGAGAGAGGGGCAAAGCCAAAUUGUUUUGUUUUUUUAAAUAAGGAAACUGUUCCUUGGCCCAUGGGCUGUGCCUUAAACUAAAUACACAUUUGUUCCAUCUAGACUACUUUGUAUCUGCUUUCCUUUUCCUCCUCUCUUUUUGCUGCAGUAGGGGCUAAGUUGGCUUGGUUGUCCUGUCGACUGGAGAAGAGGCAUGUGACAAGGAGAGGAACUCGAGUGAAAAUGUUGCCUUUUUUUUUUUUUUUUUUAACAGCCAAACACCAUUUUAUUUUGUGAGAAUCGGGAAAAAAAACUAAAAUGUGGUACUUGUUGUGAUUUAUAUUGUUAUAUAACUAGGAAAUAACGUUAUGUUAUGAUUCAGGUCUGCUGCAAGUCCUAGACCCCACACUACCUGAGUGAUGCGUAGCUUCAUAGUUAAAUGUCUGAGAGCUGCAUUUACAUUGGACCUGUUAUCGGACGAAUCCACACAAUCCUUUACCCCCUGCAAAAAACACAACCAGGCAGGUGUCAACGAUCCACCGGCUACCCCAUCCUCCAGCCCCUGAUGAGUACACUAAACGGACAGUUUAUGAUUUAGCCUGCACCUGCCAGAUUGUACAGGAUCUGUUACCACUGAAGGGGGGGGAAUGAAACAGAAGUAUGAAGCUGCCUCCCGACCACGGUUUAAAGAGCGCACCAAGGCUUAGAGGAAACAUCUGCAUGUUCAGCCACUGCUGCAUUAAUUACGGCUGAAACACUGACAGUGUGUUGACUCAUACGUGCUUGGCCCACACUUUACACUCAUACUACUUGCAAUACCCAACACCACUCACAUCGUUCUGCCUGGACAGUAGAGGGACAGUAUCUAUAAGGGGAUUUCGGGAGGGGGGGAGGGCUUUGGGAGGGGGUGUGCAUUAUUGUCCUAUAAAGAGGACUCUUAUUUUGACACGCAUACUGUAGAUUCUAAACAGCCCUGGACCAAUGGAAACAGUAGGUUUUUUUGUCAUUAUGUGUUCUAUUUUUUAUGGAAUGAAAGGAAUACACAAACUGUAACUUAAAAAAAAUAAAAAUUCUUCAGGAUUAUAUUUUUUUGGGUUGUCUUUAGAAUGCCUAUUUGUCUGAAAGUUUCACAAGACAAUUAAAACGUUAUUUUAAUGGAUUCCUUGUUAAUUGCAGUCUAUUGGAUAGCACUGUAGAUCAUACAACUUUACGUAAAAAAAAUAUAACAAAUGAAAAAAAAGUUUUUUUAUAUGCAAUGGACUAAAUAAAGCAUGGGUUGAUUGUG